CAGUCUCAAUGAAUGAGAGACGAAAACAGAUCAUAGACGGAGGAGAUGGAAAUACGUACGACAACGAUAUUCGCCUCUUCAGGUAUCAUCUUCGGCAUACUGCCUUUCGAUCUCCUGCGUUCUGCGCAGUCUGGCUGGCUUACGCCUGAUCCCUUCCGUCGGGUCCCUCGUCCGCCUUCUCAGUCAGCGUCCCCAAACUGACCGACCCCUCCUCGGAAAACAGGCGACGUCGCAGCAAACAAAGCCGAUAUCGUUCUCCCUCGCUUUUGCAAAAGCGACGAUGAGACAGGACACGCAGUGCGCAAGACGGGCGAUGAAUAACCCCCGUGCGAGCGACGAUAAUGAGCAGAGCAGUCGUAGGUUUGGUAGAGAGAGGAGGUGGGUGGUGUCCCGAGGGAGUGGUUCAGAAGGGUCAGAGGCGUCGCUGGAG